AUGCCAGCUCCUCACGGUGGAAUUUUACAAGACCUAGUUGCCAGAGACGCUUCCAAGAAAGCCGCUCUAUCACAAGAAGCUCAAUCUGGGUCUCUUGCUCAAUGGACUUUAACCGCUAGACAAAUUUGCGAUAUCGAAUUGAUCUUGAACGGUGGGUUCUCUCCCUUGACUGGGUUUCUCACUGAAAAGGACUAUUUGUCCGUCGUGAAGAACUCCAGAUUGGCUGAUGGUACUCUUUGGACCAUGCCAAUCACUUUGGACGUGGAUGAAACUUUCGCUAAAUCUGUCGCUCCAAAUUCAAGAAUUACCUUAUUGCAAGAUGGUGAAAUUCCAAUCGCUAUCUUGACCGUCACUGACGUUUAUAGACCAGAUAAGGCCUUGGAAGCUAAGGAAGUCUUCAGAGGCGAUCCAGAACAUCCUGCCAUUCGUUACUUGAAUAACAUUGCAGGUGAAUACUACAUCGGUGGCUCCCUUGAAGCUAUCCAAUUACCACAACAUUACGAUUAUCCAGGUCUACGUAAGGCUCCAGCUCAAUUGAGAUUGGAAUUCCAAUCCAGACAAUGGGAUCGUAUCGUGGCUUUCCAAACUAGAAACCCAAUGCAUAGAGCUCAUAGAGAAUUAACUGUUAGAGCCGCAAGAGAAGCUAACGCUAAGGUUUUGAUUCACCCUGUCGUGGGUCUAACUAAGCCAGGUGACAUUGACCAUCAUACCCGUGUCCGUGUUUACCAAGAGAUUAUCAAGCGUUAUCCAAAUGGUAUCGCUUUCUUAUCUUUAUUGCCAUUGGCUAUGAGAAUGGGUGGUGAUAGAGAAGCUGUUUGGCAUGCAAUCAUUAGAAAAAAUUAUGGUGCCACUCAUUUCAUUGUCGGAAGAGAUCAUGCUGGUCCAGGUAGUAACUCUAAGGGUGUCGAUUUCUAUGGUCCAUAUGAUGCUCAAGAAUUAGUCGAAUCUUACAAGAAUGAAUUAGACAUUCAAGUCGUUCCAUUCAGAAUGGUCACUUAUUUACCAGAUGAAGAUCGUUAUGCUCCAAUUGAUCAAAUUGAUACUUCAAAGACAAGAACUUUGAACAUUUCAGGUACUGAAUUGAGAAAAAGAUUAAGAGUCGGUGGUGAAAUUCCAGAAUGGUUCUCAUACCCAGAAGUCGUCAAGAUUUUAAGAGAAUCAAACCCACCAAGACCAAAACAAGGUUUCGCUAUUGUCUUGGAAGAUUCAUUGAAUGCUCCAAGUGGUCAAUUGGCCAUUGCCCUACUAUCCACUUUCUUGCAAUUCGGUGGUGGUAGACAUUACAAAGUUUUCGAACAUGAAAACAAUGAUAAAUUAUUGGAAUUAAUUCCAGAUUUUAUCCAAGCUGGUUCUGGGUUGAUCGUUCCAAAUCAAUGGACCUCUAAAAACGUUUCAUUCGGUGCCGAUCAAAACGUUUACACUUUAGGUGCUUCUGCUAACUCUGAUAUUAAAUUAGAUUCAGUCGAUGAAACUAUUUUCCACAUUGUCCAAAAGGUUGUUUUGUUCUUGGAAGAUAACGGUUACCUAGUCUUUUAA